UUAAAAGAGGAAAAGGGAAUUACUCACAUUUUGAAUGUAACCAAUGAAAUUAAAACCAAACAUGUACUGACUCUCAAAUGUAGAAAGAUUUCAAUUGAUGAUUCUCCUAAUGAAAAUCUUAUUGCUCAUAUCCCUGAUGCAUUAGAAUUUCUCAAACAAUGUUUGGAAGAGAAAGGUUGUGUUUUGGUUCAUUGUCAAGCAGGAAUUUCCAGAUCUAGCUCAAUGGUUAUUUCUUUCAUAUUAGAUCAUUUCAGAACAAAUCUCAAAGAUACAAUUUCCUAUGUUAAAGAAAGAAGAAAAGCCAUCUCACCAAAUUAUGGGUUCAUUCGUCAUUUGAUAGAAUUUGAA